CCCAGCGGCAGCUCGGGGAGCCACCUCAGCGCGACGGGAGGAGGCGAGUCCGGGAGGCACCCCCAAAGUGCCUGCGAUGGAAGCCCGGGGGUGCGCGCGGUCCCGGCGGCCGCUGCCGGCGCUGCUGCUGUUCGUGCUGCUGCCGCCGGCCGCGGGCGCUGCAGGCGCUGCGGACGCGCGCUGGAGCGGGCAGGGCACCAUCCCGCACCUGCAAAGCAUCUUCCUGGGCCGCUGCGCGGAGUACAUUGCGGUGCUGAGCCCCGAGCUGCGGGACAAGAACUGCACAGCCAUCUGGGAAGCCUUUAAACUGGUGCUGGAUAAGGAUCCCUGUUCCGUGCUUCCCUCAGAUUACGACCUUUUUAUUAACCUCUCCAGGCACUCCAUUCCCAGAGACAAGUCCCUGUUCUGGGAAAACAACCACCUCCUUGUCACCAGCUAUGCGGAGAACGGCCGCCGCUUUAUGCCACUGUGCAAUGUUCUGUAUGGCAUGGUUGGAGAUUUCUUGAGCUGGUGUCGACAGAAAAAUGCCUCUGGACUCGACUACCAAUCCUGCCCUACAUCAGAAGAUUGUGAAAACAAUCCUGUGGAUUCUUACUGGAAAAGUGCAUCCAUCCAGUAUGCAAAGGAUAGUUCUGGGGUGAUCUAUGUCAUGCUGAAUGGUUCAGAGCCAACAGGAGCCUAUCCUGUAAAAGGGUUUUUUGCAGAUUUUGAAAUUCCUCACUUACAGAAGGAUAAAAUCACACGCAUUGAGAUCUGGGUUAUGCAUGAAAUCGGCUGAUCCAAUGUGGAAUCCUGUGGAGAAGGCAGUGUGAAAAUCCUGGAAGAGAGACUGCAGAAAAUGGGUUUCCAGUAUAGCUGUAUCAACGACUACAAACCAGUGAAGCUCUUGCAGCGUGUGCAGCACAGCACUCAUCCCGACUGUGCCUUAAAUUCAUUUGCUCCAAAGCAGUCCUGGGACCUAAUGUGUUGGACCUUUUGUGACUUCCUAGCCUGCCCUUACUCAGGACGUGGACACCAGUUAGCCCUGCUCCCUGAAGCUACUGGUCAUGCUUUCCAGCUUCCAUAUAGUGCAGACACUCAGGUACCUGGUAGAAGAGUGGAUUCCUCCCUCCAAGCCAGGGCACUCUGGGGACCACCGUGUGGUAGGACACUGGCUCCACAGGGAGUGGAUGGGGCUGGGAACCAGGUCAAGCUCAGAAUGGGCUAAGUAAACAGAGUAUGGGAAGAAAGACGGUAGAGGAACGAAAUCCAAGAAGAACUGGCAUGAUGUAGAAUGUUCAUUGGUGUGGCUACUGCUAUGAAUUGUGAGUGGUGUCAGCAUCUUAGAGAGGCUGUACCCAGCUGGGCACUAUCAAACCAAGUAGCUUGCCAUAACCAACCCAGAUGUGUCCUGCUUUCUCACUCCUUGGGGUCCUGAAUGUGCUGGUCUCUCUGCACUGAUUUCCCUUCCUGCUCUGCCAUCCAUUUGUCAGAUUUUAA